AUGCCGUUGAACAACAUAAAAUCUGUUUCACCCAAUUCAAAAGAUCCGGCCAACCCAACCCCGGUUCCUGCACAGUACUCUUCGUCCGCCUCUACCAUGGUGUCUCAGGCGUCUUCUAAAGCUGCAUCGGAGCUAAGCAGGCUUUGUACCAAACACAUGAUCUGCUUCUUAUACGCCAAGGCUGCCUUGCUUCAAGCGGGGUGUCAAUACCCUGACAACAACAUCAGGGAGUACACAAAGUAA